UCAGCCUCCAAUCCACUUGGUUAGUGAGAGUGGGUGCAAGGUAAUUAAGUUGGUUGUUUACAACCACUGAAGAGCAGUAAUGACAAAUUAAAAGUAUUUGUAGUAGUGUUUCUAGUUGGCCUUAAAUUUUUUAGAAGGCAAAGGAGAUUAGAAGAAGUAAUACCUUGUUUUGAAAGUAUAUGGGUCAUGAUUUUGAACUGAACCUUUUCAAAACAGUAAGAAAAAGAAAACUCUAGCCGCUCAUUUAUAGAUGGGAACUGCAGAGGAUUGCUAAACAUCUUGAUGCAUGCCAUGCAUUGUGUCUGAAAGGGCGCGUUAAAUGUCUGGGAUGGUCAGGUGGUCCUCUGAGCUAGAGCCUGGAAUGUGCUUUUUCAAAAAAUAAUACAUUUUAACUCUGUUACAGACUAGUGAUGUGUCGUAAACAGAAGCAGAUGUUCUUCAGGCCAUCCCCAACCUAAUGUGCCCGAAGUGACGAAACCAAGUUUAAGCCAACCAACGGCCGCCAGCCCAAUUGGCAGCUCUCCAUCGCCACCAGUCAAUGGUGGCAACAAUGCCAAAAGGGUGGCAGUGCCGAACGGACAACCGCCAAGCGCCGCCCGCUACAUGCCUCGGGAGGUGCCGCCGCGAUUCCGUUGCCAGCAGGACCACAAAGUGUUACUAAAACGCGGGCAGCCCCCUCCACCGUCCUGCAUGCUCCUCGGGGGUGGGGCAGGGCCUCCUCCCUCCACCGCACCUGGAGCAAACUCAAACAACGCACAAGUGACAGGAACGCUGCUGCAGGGUGACGGUGGGACUGCACCAGAGUCAACCCUUGGAGGUGCUGCUGCUUCAAAUUAUGCAAAUUCCACUUGGGGCCCGGGAGCCUCCUCCAACAACGGCGCCUCCCCCAACCCCAUUCACAUCCGGGACAAGGUGAUUGUAGACGGGUCUGACAUGGAAGAGUGGCCUUGUAUUGCCAGCAAAGACACUGAGUCUUCUUCCGAAAACACCACCGAUAACAACAGUGCCUCGAACCCUGGCUCUGAGAAGAGCACUCUGCCAGGAAGCACCACUAGUAACAAAGGAAAAGGGAGCCAGUGCCAGUCUGCAAGUUCUGGGAACGAAUGUAAUCUUGGGGUCUGGAAAUCUGACCCUAAGACUAAAUCUGUUCAAUCUUCCAACUCUACUACAGAGGGCAACAAUGGACUAGGAAAUUGGAGGAAUGUGAGUGGUCAGGAUAGAGUCGGACCUGGCUCUGGCUUCAGCAACUUUAACCCAAAUAGCAACCCAUCUGCCUGGCCAGCGCUGGUCCAAGAAGGAAAUUCUAGGAAAGGGGCAUUGGAAACAGAUACGAGUAAUUCCAGUGCACAGGUUAGCACAGUAGGUCAGGCGUCCAGGGAACAGCAGUCAAAGAUGGAAAAUGCGGGUGUUAAUUUUGUUGUCUCUGGCAGAGAACAGGCUCAAAUUCAUAACACUGAUGGACCAAAAAAUGGAAACACUAACUCCUUGAACUUAAGUUCACCAAACCCCAUGGAGAAUAAGGGAAUGCCCUUUGGAAUGGGCUUGGGGAACGCCUCCAGGAGCACUGAUGCCCCUUCACAAAGCACUGGAGAUCGAAAGACUGGGAGUGUUGGAUCUUGGGGUGCAGCUAGGGGGCCUUCUGGAACUGACACAGCCUCUGGACAAAGCAAUUCUGGAAACAAUGGGAACAAUGGAAAGGAUAGAGAGGACUCCUGGAAAGGAGCUUCUGUUCAGAAAUCAUCUGGGUCAAAAAAUGACUCUUGGGACAACAAUAACAGGUCUACGGGUGGGUCCUGGAACUUUGGCCCUCAGGACUCUAACGACAACAAAUGGGGUGAAGGGAACAAAAUGACAUCUGGGGUCUCUCAGGGAGAAUGGAAACAGCCGACUGGGUCUGAUGAGUUGAAAAUUGGAGAAUGGAGUGGUCCAAACCAACCAAAUUCUAGCACUGGAGCAUGGGACAAUCAGAAGGGCCACCCCCUCCCUGAAAACCAAGGCAAUGCCCAGGCUCCCUGUUGGGGAAGAUCUUCCAGCUCCACAGGAAGUGAAGUUGGAGGUCAAAGCACUGGAAGCAACCACAAAGCAGGAAGUAGUGACAGUCAUAAUUCUGGCCGUCGGUCAUACCGGCCCACACAUCCUGAUUGUCAGGCUGUCUUACAGACUCUUUUGAGCCGAACUGAUUUGGACCCCAGGGUGCUCUCAAACACUGGCUGGGGCCAAACUCAAAUUAAGCAGGACACAGUGUGGGAUAUUGAAGAGGUGCCAAGGCCUGAGGGGAAGUCUGACAAAGGAACUGAGGGGUGGGAGAGCGCUGCCACACAGACCAAGAACUCAGGGGGCUGGGGAGACGCACCCAGCCAAAGCAAUCAAAUGAAGUCUGGAUGGGGGGAGCUCUCAGCCUCUACAGAGUGGAAAGACCCCAAGAACACAGGAGGCUGGAAUGACUACAAGAACAACAAUUCUUCCAACUGGGGAGGCGGACGACCGGAUGAAAAGACAUCUUCCUCUUGGAACGAGAACUCCAGCAAGGAUCAGGGGUGGGGAGGGGGGCGCCAGCCCAAUCAAGGAUGGACUUCCGGGAAGAAUGGUUGGGGAGAGGAAGUUGAUCAAGGGAAAAACAGCAGUUGGGAAAGUUCGGCAAGUAAACCUGGGUCUGGGUGGGGUGAAGGAGGGCAGAACGAAAUCGGAACUUGGGGGAACAGUGGGAGUGCAAGCCUAGCUUCCAAAGGCGGGUGGGAAGAUUGCAAAAGGUCUCCAGCAUGGACUGAGACUGGCAGACAGCCCAGUUCCUGGAAUAAACAGCACCAACAGCAGCAGCAGCCACAGCAGCCACCGCCACCACAACCAGAGGCUUCCGGUUCAUGGGGAGGCCCGCCCCCACCACCUCCAGGCAAUGGACGACCUUCCAGUUCCAACUGGAGCAGCGGGCCACAGCCAGUAACCGCUAAGGAUGAGGAACCCAGUGGUUGGGAAGAGCCAUCCCCACAGUCAAUUAGUCGGAAAAUGGACAUUGAUGAUGGCACUUCAGCGUGGGGAGACCCUGACAGUUACAACUACAAGAAUGUGAAUCUGUGGGAUAAGAAUUCCCAAGGGGGCCCAGCUCCUCGAGAACCAAACCUGCCUACCCCGAUGACCAGUAAAUCAGCAUCAGUCUGGAGCAAAAGCACACCACCUGCUCCAGAUAAUGGUACUUCAGCUUGGGGUGAGCCAAACGAAAGCAGUCCUGGGUGGGGUGAAAUGGAUGACACGGGAGCAUCGACCACAGGCUGGGGGAACACACCCUCCAACGCUCCAAAUGCCAUGAAACCUAAUUCCAAAUCUAUGCAAGACGGCUGGGGGGAGAGUGACGGUCCAGUGACGGGAACUCGCCAUCCCAGCUGGGAAGAGGAGGAUGAUGGAGGAGUCUGGAACACCGCCGGCUCUCAGGGAAGUGCUUCCUCCCACAACUCAGCAAGCUGGGGACAAGGAGGAAAGAAGCAGAUGAAGAACAAGUCUCUGAACCUGAACCACUCUCUCAGCAGAGGCGUUCUUUCCCUUCUGCAGUGCUCACUGAAAGGAGGAAACAAUGAUUCAUGGAUGAAUCCUCUUGCCAAACAGUUUUCAAAUAUGGGAUUGCUGAGUCAAACUGAAGAUAAUCCAGGCAGCAAAAUGGAUUUGUCUGUAGGGAGCCUUCCAGAUAAAAAAUUUGACGUGGACAAACGAGCGAUGAAUCUCGGGGAUUUUAAUGAUAUCAUGAGGAAGGAUCGAUCUGGGUUCCGUCCACCUAAUUCCAAAGACAUGGGAACCACAGAUAGUGGGCCUUAUUUCGAGAAGCUGACUUUGCCUUUCUCCAAUCAAGAUGGGUGCCUUGGGGAUGAGGCUCCCUGCUCUCCCUUCUCCCCUUCUCCCAGCUACAAGCUGUCUCCCUCUGGUUCCACACUACCCAACGUCAGCCUUGGAGCAAUCGGCACAGGGCUCAACCCCCAAAACUUCGCUGCUAGACAAGGUGGCAAUCAUGGUUUGUUUGGAAAUAGCACAGCACAAUCGAGAGGUAUGCACACACCGGUGCAGCCACUAAGUUCUUCUCCUAAUCUCCGGGCGCAAGUGCCUCCCCAGUUUAUUUCCCCCCAGGUUUCUGCCUCAAUGCUCAAGCAGUUUCCCAACAGUGGCCUGAACCCAGGUCUUUUCAAUGUGGGGCCCCAGUUGUCUCCUCAACAAAUUGCCAUGCUGAGCCAGCUUCCACAGAUUCCCCAGUUUCAGUUGGCAUGUCAGCUUCUCCUGCAGCAGCAGCAGCAGCAGCAGUUGCUACAGAACCAGAGGAAGCUUUCUCAAGCCGUGCGCCAGCAGCAAGAGCAGCAGCUGGCUCGGAUGGUGAGUGCGCUCCAGCAGCAGCAGCAGCAGCAGCAGCAACAGAGACAGCCUGGCAUGAAGCACUCGCCCUCUCAUCCCGUUGGGCCCAAGCCACAUCUGGACAACAUGGUACCCAACGCUCUGAAUGUGGGGCUCCCAGACCUUCAAACCAAAGGGCCAAUACCUGGAUAUGGUUCUGGCUUCAGCUCUGGCGGCAUGGACUAUGGCAUGGUUGGUGGGAAGGAGGCUGGAACAGAGUCUCGCUUUAAACAAUGGACCUCCAUGAUGGAGGGACUGCCCUCUGUAGCCACACAGGAAGCCAAUAUGCACAAAAAUGGCGCUAUCGUGGCCCCUGGUAAGACUCGAGGAGGGUCACCAUACAACCAGUUUGAUAUCAUCCCGAGUGACACACUGGGUGGCCAUACGGGUCCUGCUGGUGAUAGCUGGUUACCUGCCAAAUCUCCACCAACAAAUAAAAUCGGAAGUAAAUCCAGCAAUGCCAGUUGGCCUCCAGAAUUCCAACCAGGAGUGCCGUGGAAAGGUAUCCAAAACAUUGACCCUGAAUCUGACCCCUAUGUCACCCCAGGAAGUGUGCUGGGGGGUACAGCCACAUCUCCCAUUGUAGAUACUGACCACCAACUUCUGCGGGAUAACACCACAGGGUCUAAUUCUUCCCUCAACACCUCGCUGCCUUCACCUGGUGCCUGGCCCUACAGUGCCUCUGACAACUCCUUUACCAACGUUCAUAGCACUUCAGCAAAGUUCCCUGAUUACAAAUCAACAUGGUCCCCAGAUCCCAUAGGACACAACCCCACUCAUCUCUCCAACAAGAUGUGGAAAAACCAUAUUUCCUCAAGGAACACUACACCGCUGCCCCGCCCACCUCCCGGUCUGACCAACCCCAAACCGUCAUCUCCCUGGAGCAGCACAGCACCCCGAUCAGUCAGGGGGUGGGGGACACAGGACUCGCGGCUUGCCUCGGCCUCUACCUGGAGUGAUGGUGGUUCAGUCCGUCCCAGUUACUGGCUGGUUCUUCACAAUCUCACUCCACAGAUCGAUGGGUCAACGUUGAGAACCAUCUGCAUGCAGCAUGGCCCACUGCUGACAUUCCAUCUGAACCUAACCCAGGGCACCGCCCUGAUUCGAUACAGCACCAAACAGGAGGCGGCCAAGGCCCAGACCGCACUGCACAUGUGUGUGUUGGGAAACACUACCAUCCUGGCUGAGUUUGCCACCGAUGAUGAAGUUAGCCGCUUUCUGGCACAAGCUCAGCCCCCUACACCUGCAGCAACCCCAAGUGCACCCGCCACAGGUUGGCAGUCGCUGGAGACCGGCCAGACCCAGUCAGAUCCCGUCGGACCGGCUCUGAAUCUUUUCGGUGGGUCCACAGGGCUCGGGCAGUGGAGCAGCAGUGCUGGUGGCAGCAGCGGGGCCGAUCUUGCUGGCGCUUCGUUGUGGGGGCCCCCAAACUAUUCUUCUAGCUUGUGGGGAGUCCCAGCUGUGGAAGAUCCCCAUAGGAUGGGCAGCCCUGCUCCCUUACUACCUGGUGACCUUCUGGGAGGAGGGUCGGAUUCAAUCUGAACUUAGAACUUUCAACUCUGACCUCGUGACCUUUUUUGGAACAGCAGCAGCACUAACUUGACCUUUUCGUUUUUUUUUUCAACUUGCAAUAAAUACAUUUUUAAAAGGAAAAAAGAAAACGGAGAGAGAAAAAAAAGGUGGGUCAUUGACAGACUGUCUGAGCACAUAGUUGCCUCCCUUAUAACUUCAGUUUUUUCGUUUGGAAUAUGAAUCCAAAAAGAGAACAUAUCACUCUUGAAAUACUUGAAUCAUGAACGCCAACCUAGAAAGACAAUGUGAAGCAAGUACACAUACCAUUUAAAUUUAAACACACAAAAAAAAUUAAAAAAAUUAGUUUCUAGUUUUUCACUUUUUUCAUGUUAUAUGGAAGUUGUUGCUAAGAAACAUAUAUACUGAAAAAAAAAUAGCUUUUUAACUUUGUUUGCACUGGGUGUGUUUCCGUCCUUAGGUCUACCACGUUUGGGAGGGAGGGGAAUUCAAAAGAAUUGUUGGGGUGGGGGGGGGAAGACUUGACGGAGCCUCACUUUAAAAACAAAAACACAAAAAACCUAAAAAAAAAAAAAAGGAAAAAAUUUGUGAUUGGCUGGUUGAUAAAUACCAGUGUGUUCUGGCACAUGUAACUGCCCAGGCAUGCUCGUUCUGGUAUGUGUGUGCACGUGUGUUCAUGUGCAUCCGCGUGCAUCCUUCUCUCUGUCUCUGUGUGUGUGUGUGUACACCCGUGUCCUCCUCCUCCUCCCCCACUCGAUCUCAGAAAGCUGCGUUGCUGACAGUUUGCAGGCUGGCUGGCCGGCCAUCUGCUUUUUAUUUUAUUUUCUUUUUUUUAAACUAAGAGAACACACAAGCGCAGGGAGCCACUGCUUACUAAAGCAACUCCGUUGGGCUGCAUUAAGAUGAACAGAGUGCUUUUUAAUGAUUUCAUAAGCGGGGAGCUCCUUUCCAUUUGCAAAUUAGCCCGAGUGAGUUUUCUCUUGCUUUUCUUUUGACCUAGCAGUAGAGCGGAGCACUGCCAAGUCCAAAAAAGUAGGAGAGCAGGAGGCACCUGGUUGAGCAACCGUGUGUUUACUGAUUUCUGGGUUUUUUUAAAGUUCAUGGCCGCCGGGCACAUGGAAUACCCACUAAGUUUUAUCCAGGCCUUUUCUUUCAUCAGUCUGACUGGGAACAGGCGGUUUUUUACGUACAGCACGUCUCAAAGGCAGAAAAAGAACGCUCCCCGUCUCGUGUCAUCAGGUAGGAGGAAUUGAGCAGACGUGAGGUAGUGCCGAAUUAAGGUUUCCAUUGGUUUUCUUUUUCGUUCUGUGAAAACGGACACAAAUCGGUUGCGAGCAGCCUCCUGAGAGCCCCUGCAGCUUCUCCCUCUCUCUGCUCCUCUCUCGCCGAGCGUUACCUGUGCCAGGCCGCGGCGUCUUACAGCACGAGGCCAUCACUGACAGAAACGUUUACUUAACGAAUGUCCUUAAACCAGUGUGGACUUCAAGCGUCUCCUUUCGUUCCUCUGUGUUGUGUGUUUCCUGUGUAUGUGGUUUUCGCUUAGGCAGGUAUAACUUAGCAAAGACUUUUUAAGUAUUGCACCUUUUUUUGGUUUUGACCUCUAUUUUUUUUUCCUUGUAAUGUUGCUUUUUUUAUUUCGGUAUUUAAAGACUUUUUUUUUUUUUUUUUUUUUUUUUUUUUUAAGCAUCAAUGUAGUAGUACUCUGGGCCGACUAGGGGGCAACUUUUAAUCCACAGUUACCACCAACAUGUAUGUACUUAGUUGGAAUCAACAUGUAUCAGACUGCUUUUUGUGAAGAGUUCUAGCAGACCCGAAAACCCCUUUAUACAAAGCGGAUGGCUGGCGGGGCGGGUGGGGUGGGGGGAGGGGAACGUAUGCCGGUAACGUGCUAGCACUUGGUGUGGACAUCCCAGUCUGCAUUAUACUGUUUAACAUAAAGUGCCGACAUUCUGUACCAGCAAAUACCUGCCCAUUCCAACCCUUGGUGGGAGCAGACCUCUACUGUCCUCCGUAACUUGCUGCUAGUGAGGACAAGGGAGUUUUUCUUUCUUCAGCAUCUUCAGUGAAGGAUACAACAAUGUCUAAUGUAUUUGACUUUUAGCUUGUGUCUGUGUGUAGGUGGGUGGGUGGGUGUGUAUAGGAAAAGGCAAAAACGAAUUAUUUGCAUUGAAGUGGUUUUAGGAGGCAAAGAAUGGGAAUUCUGUAGUCCUUUGGCUUACCCCGUUGAUUGUAAACCUAGCCUCAGAAGAGAUUGACAUGCAUAGUUCAAGUGAGUGAUGGCUCAGCUAAGUCUUUAUGUGCCCUUUGUGGGUAGGUGGUCAGACUUGAGUCUCCAGCCUUGGUUCGGUCCCAUUGGAUGCCUUGUAGAAAGCGAACCGCGCCCUCUUCUGCUCUCUGGUUGUCAUCACCACCACCGUGCCCCUUCCACCCCUGCCCAUGUACAAACGUCUCCUUCCGGGCCCCUCCGCCUGCUCUCUGUGUGUGAGGGAAACCCUGUGGUGUGUGGUGAUGUCCAGGUGGAGAGCGGCUGUGUUCAGCCAUCUACAGGAGGCGAAAUCUUAGUGGCCCCGGGCCAGGAGCAUGUCCUGAGGCCCCCCACCACCGUGGCAACCCUGUCCACUGCCAUGGUUCCCUGCCGUGCCCCGCCCCCGCCCCCCUCCUGCCUGCUGGUUCCUAGGCCUGCACUAUGGGUUAGUUGGGUUCCUUACGAUACUACGGUGAAAGCCGGGUGCUAGAGCCCCUCUUGUUUACAAGACAUAAUGAGGGAUUUGAAAUAUGUAAAAAUAAACACGAGAAGCUCAAAUGUUCUUCCAUCUUAAGCUUAAAGGGAAAAAAUUAAAAACUUAAAAAAAAAAAAAGACCAAAAAGUGCGUAUAUAUAUACAUAUAAAUAUAUAUUUUAGAUGAAGACUAACUCUGGGAGCAUUUAACAGUGUUUUUUGUUUUUGUUUUUAACAUUUAUUUUCCUGCUUUAAAAUUUGCAAGCAUUCUCAGGAAUUCUAGGGUAGGAAGCCAGUUUUUUGAAGAUGGUUUAUUUAACCGUAUCUUAUCCUAGAUAGACGGCUGUUUCUUUCCUGUUAAUAAACUUUUACAAGUUCCUGAAACUUCAAAAAGUUUAAACAAUUUUUACUUAAAAAAAUGUAAAAAGAAAAGUCUCCAAACAUUAUUGUCAUACUGGGGAUCACACAUUUUAAAACACAUAGAAAGAACUAUUUUUUAAAAAUUAUGAAUUUAGCAGCAACAGGUCAAUUCGUUAUCUUAAAAAUAUGGGAGAAGGUUUAGCUUUCUAAGAGCUUUAUCACGGAUUUAUUUGAAAUUGUGUGUCAUUUAGUGGGAGUGUUUGGUUUGUAUAAAUGGGAAUGCCAUCACUUUUUUCCUUUCCAUUUAAGAGUGAACUGACAUCUCCCCUAAAGAUUGUUAUUUUUUUUUUAAGGGAACCCUUCUCCCUGUCCCUCAAACCCCAGCAACAAAAGAAAGAUAGAAAGAACAACUUAGAAAAACAGAAGUAAACUCUAAUCUGUAAAAUCUUGUACGGUUGGAUUGCUGAGAAUCUGUGUAAAGAGCUAGGAAAUAUAGGUUAAUAAUUUUUGGAACAAAUUUUAAACAUAGGCAUUACUAGAGGAAACUAUCUAUGGACUGUUCUGUUAAUGAAGAAUGUCUGUCUUACCUCCCCGCUUGUUACACGGGAGGAGGAGAAAAUAAGCAGAAUCUAAUGAGGAACAAGUGAUUUUACUUUUUUAGCUCCCAGCUACUGUUGUGCUCAUUGUAAUUGCUGUUUUGAAGAUCUGCUGCUUAAUUAUCCCCAUCCCUCAGCUGGAGAUGUGGAGUAUUUCCUUUCAGUUUUUCCUGAUGUUGAAUUCUCCUUUUGUAUUCCCUCCUGGGGCCAGGGGUCAGAAUUCCCAAGCAUGACCACAGCUUCUUUUAAACAUCUAAGCUUCCCAGUGGGAAAGAAACUCCAGCUCGACAGGUAACGGGAAUGGGUGGGGUUGCUGCCUGCAAUUUCUCUAAAACCACUUUAGUGCCUUCGUACAUACACCCAGACAUCCUAAGCAGGGGGAGCUCGUGUGUAUGUGCAUGUGGUCCAGUCACUCCACAGACAUUAACCUACGCUUGCCCAUUAAGGAAAUUGGAGUGGUUCUGGACAGGCCCCAAAGGCAGGGGGCUAAAUUUAAAAUAAAUAAACAGAAGUCAAGGAAGUUAAAUACGCUUUCAUGUCUGGAUAAUGCGGAAUGCCAAGAUCCUUCCUUGCACUGACUUCUCCAGGUAUGUCAUUGGGACAACUGCGUACAGUGAUUUUAAAGUCGGUUUGUGUUGGGCCAGUAGAAAGGGGUUCCUGGUUUUCUGCUCUUGUCCUACUUUGUCUCCUCUUUCCCCCAACCCCCCACCCCGACCCCAUAUCUUUUGUCAACUUGCUGGAAGCUUUGCUUUAUUGGUUGGCAGUGACCUAAGAACAGGAUAUAGUGAGGAUAUAAUGGAAGAGAAAAACUCUUUUCUUUCCAUGGUAUUCUUUGGCAAGAGGCAUGUCUGCUGAGAGGUUAGGUAACUUCUAUAACACUUAAAAAAUUCGGUGGGAGUGGCCUCUCUCCACCACAUUCUGGCAUGUGUGCAGAGGUUUGCUGGUCACCUCUCCUUAAUGUAGAUUUAUUUUAUAAACACUUCGAUCAUGUAAAUUUGAGCUUUCCAAUUUUUACUAGUUUCCUUUAUUUUUUUAAACACUUGGUUACUAGUGGCUGGAGGUGCCCAUCUUUCAGACAUCACAAACUUGGUUUCGGUCUACCACAUGAGUAGCCAAAAGGAAAAAGCACUCGUGGGGAAGAGAUGUCUUCCAUCAGACUGGAGACCUCUACUGGCAAUUGAAAUCCAGUGCCAUGACCUAAUUUUAGGUGUUUAAAAAACAAAAACCAAAAAAAAAAAAAAAACAAAACACAAAAAACACACACAAAAAAAACAAAAACAAAAAAAAAAACAAAGUUCAGAUCUCCGAGACACUGUGAAGAAAUGGAUGGCCCAUAUGGCAUCUCUGAUUCCUCCAUACCUAGCCUUGACCUUUUCCAUUCACAACAUGCACAGAAGUUAACUUAGCAGUGCUACUUGUUAAGGUUCCAAACCAAAUUCUUCACCAGUGUCCCCCAGUAAAUCAAUAUUAUCCACUGAUUGCCAUUCGAUCAGUUUUACUUAGAGCAGCUUAAUUUUCUAAUCGAAUGGCUCCUGUUGUAAGAACUUUCCCAACUCUUCUGAUAUGAAUGUAGCAUGAAUUAGCAAUUGGUUCUUCCAAGUUCCUGUGGGUUGAAUGUGGUAUCUGAGACACACACACACACACACACACAAAAGGAAAAGAAAUUCCUAAGAAUUUGGAAGAGCUUUUAUUAAUAUAUCUAGCAGAAACUAGCAUUUCACAGGCUAUUGACUUGUUGCAAAUAGUCACUUGAAUUUUUGCCAUGGGGGCGGCAGUGUUUGUAAGAUUAACAGCCAGAUUCCAUAUCGACCUCAGAUGCUGUGUACUUUUUAAUUUUAUUUUUUCCUAUUUUGCCAUCUUGACUCUUCUCUUAAACAAAAUGAAGAUGUCUCUGUGCUGUGCAAAACGCUUGAGCCAAGCCUGUUUUCCUCUGCAGUAUAAACAAGAUGUUUUCGGCAGACUUGGCUGUAAUAGCCAUCUCUAAGAUUAGGGAACAAUGGAGUCUUUAUGUAAAACAGGUUCCUUCUACCCCUCCUCAGAGUUCAGAUUCAGUAUGUAACACGUUGUAGAUUAUUGCUUGGAUUUGGGGUUUUUUUCUUUUGUUUUAGCUAUCUAUAAGAUCUUUUACUAGGAGUAGAGGUACAUUUUCAGCUGGUUGAAAAAAAAAAUCAAACUUUUUCUUCUCCAGCGUUUUUGCCAAGUUUUGUCAGUCUUCAUGCCUGUGCGUUAAUUCCGCAUCUUAGCGUUGCUGCAAAAAGAAAUCUUAUUCUUGAGUUGCUUCCCUUCCUGUGAGUGUCCAGCUUGGUCUGCAUGUGAUGGUGCAGGUGAAAAUAUUCCAGCUUCUUUGUCUGCAGUGAAUUCUCAAUCUGUAGACCUCAGAACCCAUUCAGAAAGUGGUAUGCCCUCCCCCUCUGCUGCACGCUGUACCACACCCUCUUAGCUUUCUUACCUACAAGUGCAGGGUGUCCAACACAGUCUAGAAACAGACAAGUAUACAUAAUGUUGUCAAGAACGUCAUCAAUCUAUUUUUUUUUUUUAAACCCACAUAGAAUGUUCUCUGUGUUUCCAGAGUUAGUGCGUACCCUGUAAUAAGCUCUGUAGGUUUAUGGCCAGUGCCAAAAGUGUGUGUAAUUUCCAGAGAUGGUCCCUGCUUAUUAAUGAUAGUGUUGUUUUCUUGACCUUGAAUUAGACAAAGGAGGUACUGGCAUCACAUUCUUUAGAUUUAAAAUAAUUAUCAACUUCAAGAACUUGUAAACAUAGUAAUAGCCUAAUAAAAGUAAAACACUGACCCUCCCUCCCCUGCCCACAACACCUCCCUGCGCUGCCUGUGCCACCAAAGGAAAGAGGCCAUGAACAUUCACAGGAUGGCAGAGGCAACACUGGUCAGGAAACAGAGCUACUCCCCACUGGUGGGGCAUUCCUUCUGUCCUUAGGUGCGUGGUCACUAGGACUAGAUCAGAAGGAAUUACCAAGUAUUGUAACGUGUGAGCGGUUUCUGAAUGGUCAGGCUCUUGUAGUAUCCUCCUGCUACCACCACUUAAAAAAAAAACAACAAACAAAAAAAACCGAAAAUGACGGAAGCUGCCAGUGUUUGCCGCACAGAAUUUAGAUAGUUCUUGUCCGUUAGCCACACAACUUGUUUGUCAUGAGAAGCUCUGCACAUCAGGAAGAUUGGUACCGCCCUGACCGAUGGGUCUCUGCCUGUUAUGGGGUCAUCAUUGUGACAAAUGCUUGCUUUCUCCAUGGGAGAGGAAAGGUCAGAUGAAGGCAAGAACUCUUCUGUUUUAAAGAAAAAAGAAUUCGUGUUUCCCCAAAGCACUUUGUGCCUCAGUUGAGUUUUCCCACAAUCAGUCCUCACCUCCCAAGCCCCUGUCCUGUCCAGAGCCAAGGUUAACAUGUUGAGACUGUCUUUACAAAAAGAGAAAUUCCUCUUUACUGGGAACAGCAAAAGAAAAAUUGUGAAGGUAGUUUACACUAUCAUUGUAGCAGAGAUGUGAAACAAAGUGCUUUUGUUUCCCUUCUGCCCUGCUCUCUGGGACCUCCCAGGGAAUGUGGCAGGCCUUCUCCCUGGGCUCCCGACAGGUGUGCAAGGUUCUCCGAGGGCUGGGCGGUCGGAGGUCACGGGGGUGAGCUGGAGCAGCCUUACUGCGGGACUAGCCUUACAGCAGAGCUUUAUGGAAUGGGAGAGAGAGAGUCUUAUCCUAAAUGUGUUCACCAAAAAUGAACGAGAGGAGGGGGAGGGGUCUUUAUACAAAACAAAGCAAAAACCUUUGGAAUCCUCCCAGAAGUUACAUACCUUUUAAAGGUAGUAUAGUUUCUCACCAAGUGAUGCAUUCAGCAUGACGCUUCUUGCCAGAAAUUUCAGGAUAAGUUGGAAUAAAUGUAUUUAAAACACCACCCCUACCCCUCCCCUUUUAAUUUUGUCCAAGGAAUUAAUUACUUAAGUGUAGUAUUUCUGAAUGUGCCUUUGUGAGUACAGAGACCGUCUGUUUUAGGAAGAAGCUGUCCAUGAGGAUGAAACAGAAAGGCGGUCAGCGUAGUCUUUUUAGGGAAGUCAGCGAUUCUCCCGGCGGACCCCAGGGGCGGCUCUGGAGUUUCCAUUAGCAUCCAUAUUGCACAGUGUCGAGUUGUGUGGAAGAGAUCCUGGGGCUCGGGAGGGAGAACGAGGGGAUGGUGCACAGCGACAGAGACCCAGGGUCGUCCAAGCGUGCAGGUUGAAUUUAUCUGCAGAACCUAGUUUCCUUCGUGUGUAUAUGUGUGUGUGCAAGCGCGCGCGUGUGGCUGUGCCUAUCUGAGUUUUUGUGUUUCUGUAAGCACUGGAGAAAUACAGUGAUGUUCGUGACCCAUGCAUGCAUGUCCAGAAGGCGUUUUCUAGCUUCUGCCGUGUGCGGGGCAGGCAGCACCUGUUCCCCCUCUUGAGUCUGUCCUGAGGAGGCAGUACUUUCCUCACCUCCUCUGGCCGUUUAUGCGAACAGGGUAUUACACGCGAGGAAAAAGCUUCUGAAAGAAUAAGAUGGAAAUGUUUGAGAAAGAAAAGAGAAAAGUCCGAAGUCCUAUUUUAUUUCUUCCGAACUAUUAUAGUUAAGCAUAGAAAUCUGCAGUGUCUCUUAAUUUGUUUUUGUGUUUGUUUUCAACGAUUGCACCUCUUCUCCCCAUGCCCUCUCUUCUAAAGAAACCGCAAGUGAAUGCUAAGGGCCAUUUCCAUAAUUCCUCAGUACUCCCCAAAGAGGAAAACAAUCCCUCCCGCAAGAUUCCUUCAGCUUCAUUCAGGAGACAAAGGGAGGAGAGAUGCGGCUUUCUGUGCUUCUCUCUCAUUCCUCUCUAAUGGCCUUGAAAUGUAUUAUUAUGCAAAUGUGAAUUUUGAUACUGAAUUUAAGAAGAGGUUGUUGGAUUUUUUUUCUUUUUUCAAAAAAAAAAAAAAAGGUCCCAUAUGUGGUCAUCAUUGCUUCUUUAUUUUGUAACGUGAAUUGUAACUAUGCAUUCUGCAAAGGGGGGGCAGAAAGGGGAAGGAAGUAGCUUUGCAUCCUUGUUCUACGGUUUCUGUGUCCAUGGUAUCCCCACGACCUGGCGGGGAAGGGGAGUGAAGGGAGAAGCAGUGGAGUCUGUACAGUGAGGUAGAAAGAGGCCUGGAGUCCAGUCCUCCCCGCCGUCCCGGGGCGGGUGGGGGGCGGCGGGGGGCCUGGGGCCAGCAGUCCCUGCCAGCUGCUGCGGUACCAGAUUCUCCGCCCCAGCCGUGCAGUGUUAGCCCAGGGCGACAGGGGGCCCCAAAGGCCCUAGUGUUCUCUGGGACAAAGUACUCCUCCUUUCCUGAAUUCAGAACCCUUUCAAGCUCAGGAAACCAUACCUCCCUCGUGCUGACCUUCAAGUUGAUCUUUCUCUCUGAUUUCCAGAACUUCUCCCCCUGCUCCUCCUCCUCCUCGCUCCUUUGAAUUUUUCUUUCCUUCUUCCAUCAUCCUUUUCGAAUGAGCUUAUUUAUAAGGAAACUGCCCUGCUCUGUGGGGAAGGGGGACUGUUGCUUGGCAGGCAGAAAGAAUUCUCUUCCUCACCCCCUACCCCUCAGCCACAUGUCCUCUCUCUGCGGCCUGGCGUUUCUUCCGCGGAGAGCUAGUGAGCGGCGAGGUGCAGGCCACAGGACCGCCCCCAGCCUCCCCUCGCCCUGACAGAAUUCCUUUGUUGAUUCUGGCCUGCGGUGGAUCCUGGCACCCGCCUCCCUCUGGCCUAGGCCUUGUCUGCAGCCUACAGUAUCGUAAGCCACAGAUUGUUCUGCCCAUUUUCAGUGUUUCCAUGCAAGCAGUUCUUGUCGUCGACGUUCACAGUACUGUAACGAGUAACAGACUUGAUCACAGUCUCCUCGUGCCCGUGCAGGGCUGUGCAGGCACGAUCUUAUCAGGGUUCCAAUCUGUUAGAUUGCCUUUAGACAAAAAAAAAAAAAAAAACAAGAAAAA